UUGCGUCGCCAGGAAACUGGCGUCGCCAGAUCGACGGCGUGUCGCAUGCUCGAGCGUACGAGCGAAUCCUCUGUCUCCUCCUAACCUGCUCUGUCGUCGUUGUCGCCGCUGGUAUAACCUAACUCGCGCGCACGCAUAACAUAUUGCGUCCCGAUUCGGCGCCCUGGCGCAAUCGGCCGCGCGGAUGACGCAACGGCGGCGUUGACCGCGCGUCAUCGACCGCGUCGAUCUUUGCUCCGGCGGGGCACGUGGCGACGAUGAGUCACCGUCGUCGACGACGUCGUGGCGAGUCGCGUCUCUUCGAGCGCGCUGGAAAGUGGAACGCGCCUCGCGUUGCGAUUCCACGCCGUAGAACGCACUGCCAGAUUGUAGCAGCAUUAGCGGAACAUUAUCACGGAUAUUAUCACGUAGCAUAUACAAAAUUCUGCAACAACAAAAUAGUGACAGCCAAGACCCCAACCAUUUACACCCAAAACGUGGAUCUUAAGGAAUUCAAGCGUUGCAAAAGCGGUGCAGAAGGGCUCUAUGUGCUCCACCGUGACACUGGCGAAUGGUACUUUAGUUUCCAAGAGCUUGCUACUGUGGUAUUGCGAGAGGUCUGUCCAGGUGGCCUGUAAUCCGGGUGUGCGACAACAGCGGCAAAAUGCUCAACGAGAUCAGGGCGGCGGUACUGUUCUUAGUAAAUCUGAUCGAAAAAAGCGAAAAAUUUAGUCCCGAUCAAUUAGAAUGCUUUGAGCGGCACCUGGUCAAGCUGCUGACGGAACGCUUCAAGAAUCACUGGUUCCCCGACAAGCCAUUCAAGGGCCAGGGCUACCGUUGCAUCCGUGUCAAUGGCCACAAUCGCCGGGACGCGACCCUAGAGAGCGCUGCAAACGCCGCCGGCGUCAAGUACGAGGAUCUCGCGUUGCCAGUGGAGUUGACGCUGUGGGUUGAUCCCAACGAAGUCUGCUGCCGAUUUGGUGAGAGCAAGGGCUCUUAUUGCACGCUGGCGUCGUUCGACGAUAAGGAGAACACCGUACCCAUUUUCCAAUUUACGGAACAUCACGAGAGCACGGAGAACGAGAAUAAACCAACUCCCGUGGGUUCCAUCAAGAUACAGAAAUCCCUUCUAACCACAAGUACAGAACAACAGCCGAAAUCAAAACCAUUAAGUACCGCUAAUCAAAAUCAGCAGCAUAGCAAUAAUGGUGCAGGUAAGAGACGCAACUUGAACAGUCCUAGACUACACUUGAACAGGAAUCGUUCGUGGUUCGGCCAUUCCUUCAACAUGGGUUACGGCCCGCAUCCAAUCGGCCAGCCCUGGUAUAAUAUAAUGCCCCCGCAUUUCCUCGGUGGCCCUUCUCCACCGCCCUUUGUGGGACACCGAGGAAACAAAUGGGUACAUCAGCCUUCUUAUCCCGCUGGACCCGCUCGUUUCCACCACUGGUCUCCCAAAGCUGCUCUUAAGGUAUAAAGAGAAUCGUUUUAAGAAAACAGUUAAAAAACCUGUUUCUUCUUUGAAGGAAAAGGAGGAAAUUCAAAGGAAUAAAAGUAAUCGUUCACUUGUUUUCCAGAAAAAGCAUAUUGUUGUUUUAACCCAUGACAAAUUAUCGUAAUGCAGUUUAUUGUUAAAAAGAACUUUAAUUAUAGUGUAUUCGUGACAUAUGUUUGCAGGUAAAGAGCGCGUAUGUGUAAAUUUUUAUAUUUGAAACAGGUUUAUUAACGUGUUUUAGUGACGAAAAUUAUCCAUCCUGUAAUUACAAAUGACCUUGUUCGAACUAAGGCUUACGAUUUUUUAUGACGAAAGGUAUCGCAUUAUUACAUGUUACGUAUAUAAUAAUAAAUUGGAGUAAUAAAUGUUUAACUCCGGAUGCAAGGUUGCUUGUAAAAAGGGUAGAGACUAGUGGCAAUUUAAAUAGAAUUAGUAAACGGCGCAUUAGUAUAUGCGUGAAAUGGAAAAUAGAUGUCAUAUCAUGUGACGAGUUAUUUCAAUCCAGUUCUUGAAAUAACUUAAAUAUUAUUUUCAGAAUAUACGCGCGAGGAAUUGAGAGAAUCUGUUUGUCUUUAGCUAAUUGUCGUGAAUUUAUAAAUUUAUUAUAUAUCUGCUUUGUUACAUCUAUUUUGUUACAUGUAUGUUGUUGUCAAAUGCGUUAUUGAAGCUUUAUAAUUGAAUUGGCAACGCCAUUUGUUUAAGCGUUAAUAGUUUAUGAUCGAGGAAGAAUAAUGGGAAUAAUUUCGAAAGUUUUCGAAAUUUGAUAUGAUUAUUUUUAGUAUAAAAUAAAGUGCAAUUUUAUUACUUUGCUACGUUAUAUACGAUGAUUACUCGUAUGUUUAACGACAAAAUCGGAUUGUAGUGUUUCUUAAACGGUUGAAUGAAACACCCGUCCCGUACUAUCUUCGGAUGGUUUAUUGAGGGAAGGUCUGGUAAACUUGAUAGUACGGGACGGUGUUUCACCCACAAUUGUAUAAAAAAUUAUAUAAUUAAAAUACAUUUUAUUUUACAAUAAAAAGAAAUUUUUUAUAAGAAAUAAUACGUUGAAUAAGGUAUAGAGAAGCUUUAUUUCACACCGAAAGGAAUAUCUAUCAGGUUUCAAAACUUUCAAAAUUAAUCCUGUUAUUCUGUCUCAUUGUAGUCUAAUUUAAACUGGAUAUAAAUAACCGGUUUUGUUCCGAUAUGACUAAUAUUUGCUCUAUACUAGGUUUUAUUUGCAUAUUAGCUAUAUAUCGUAACAGAGAAUUGAAUAAAGUGUUAAAAGAAAGUUACCUUUCAUAUUUCACGUGUGUAUAUAUAUAUACAUACAUAUAUAUAUAUAUAAAACAAUCGGUUGUAAUUGCGUGAUUUCGAAGAAUCUUGAUAUAUUUUUUAAUUUGGAUAAAUUUAAUUAUAUAUAUACAUAUUAUUAUAUCGUCUAACAAAGUGUGAGAACAAGAUCGUUCUACCCUCCCGUGUGAGAGAUAACGACGCGAAUGCGACGCUAUUAAUUUUCGCGCUCGAAAAGAAAGAAAAUCCACUUGUUAUUUAAAGAUACUGCCGCCAUUGAGAUUUUUAUUGAUGAUCAAUGCCGCUGUUGAAUUAACGAAUCGGCACCGACAUUAAAAUUAAUCGCGCUGCCACUUGCAGUUAGACAGGUUGUUGCUGUCGUCAUGUUCGACGCACGGACGAGCGUGUCGAGUUUACUCUUAUAAAUUACAUGCUAUUUUUAACUUUACUCGUUUUUGCGUAUAUUAUUCAACUUCUUAUGGAGUUAACGUAGUUCAAACAGAAUAUAUUUCAAUAUAAUAAUAAUAAUAUCAAUGUCAUGUCACUGUAUAUUCGGCCUUUUAUAUUAUAGAGAAUUUAUAUCAUGAGAAUUUAUAUUACGAGACUUUAUGAUUAAUAACAUAUAUUUACUUAUACAUAUGUUGGCUUUAUAUACAUCAUAGACAUACGUAUUUCUUGUUUUCAUAUGGUGUUAUCGUUAUAUAUACAAUAUGUGUACAUGUGCUGUGCGUGAAUAUGUCAGUGUAGAUGUCGAAAAAUGUAAUUCUUAUUUGUGAUUUAUUCUGUAAGAUCAGUUGUUCCUUCGAGAUACUUUUAUUGUGUUCACAGUAUAUUAAUGCCGAACUUAAUUUCGUUUCACGCGACUUAGUUAAGCUUUACUAUGUAAUUAGUGAGCUUAUCUUUAAUUGAACUUAUAACAGAUAUAUAUAUAUAUUUUUUUUUUUUAAUUUAUAAUCAACAGUCAGUAGAGAUAUAUAAUUUAUUACGCUUUGCUUGAUAAGUUUCCAUACGUUUACCCUUUAUCAUGCACUUCGAAAAAUUAAUGAAACGGUAAUCUUUUAACAGAAAUUUUUGUAAGUUAACUUUUUAGAUUAAUUUACGAUGUUAAUUUUUCGUGGAAUAUGAAACGAGAAUUAAAGAUAGCAAAAUAUGUUAAAAAUUAGGUCUGCAAAGUAUUUUGUGUUUUUACCAUCAAUAAUUCUUUACUUCCCGAUUUGGGUAUCCAAUCAGAAACGCGAAAAUUGGACCUAGUCCGAGACGUGCAAUGGACAUUGUGCAAUAUAUUGUUGUGUAAUGAACAAAACGCGAAUUUUCUCGAAGGAACAAUUUUUGUUACGUGAACCAGACGACAUUGCGAAUAUAUCUCUGCAAUUUCGAAAAAGAAAAAAUCUCCAAAAAGCACGAGCUGCAUUCCUACUUUGCACUAACAGAUUGCAGGAAUAACAGACAUUUUUAAGUAAUCGUUUCAAUAAUAUGGUAAAGAAACACCGGGACUGAAGAGUAUGUUAUAUUUAAUGUCGCAUGGUAGAAGUAUAACUGUGCCCGAUACACGCGGAUUCUGGUACUGCCAUUGUUGCCGGAUGCGCGAAUGAUCAAGAUUAAUCUAGAUGUGUAUCGUAAAAAAGUAGACUGCGUUAGCCGACAUUUUAAUCAAAGGUAUAGGAUGACUCGUCGUAAUGUCUUCUCGCGGCCUCGUUUCGCGUAACGGAGGUGCCGCAAUUUCAUUUCGACAAACGGCGAACGCCUCUACCUCGAGGUCUGACUGCCGACGUUCAGCAAAGUGAAUUAGUUCCUUUAUUGGCGAAUAGGUCACAAUGCGACUGUCGUUUUCCUAAUGCAAAUUAGUUGUAAUAUUAAAUAAAUCAUUAAUUAUGUUAAGAUCGUUUAACAACGCAUUGAGAGAAAAAAUUGUUAAUUUGACUAAGCUUUUCAACGUGGUUAAGUUUUUUCGGUCUUAGUAUUUAUACAAAAGUUUAUAUUAAAGUUCAAAUAUUUUAUGAAUUUAAGUUAAAUGAAUAAAUAUUUGCAUAAUUGAAGAAAUUUAAUCAAAUUAAAAAAUCCAAUCAAAUUACUUGACAACUUUUUUUUUCUCAGUGUGUCCCGAGAAAAUUCAGUAGUUUAUGUAUACAAAGAUAAAAUCGAGAUAGUUUAUGCAGCGAAAUGGUAUCUCUGUUACGACGAAGAGAAGCCACUGUGAAUUGGGUCGUUCCAUAUGUAGCGCAAUUCAGCAACUUUCACGUUUUACAGUUAGAACAGUUCGCUAAAUGCAUGUAAUCUGCCCUAGCAUAGGAAUUUUGUGUUCAAUUUGUUAACAAACCUUAUUCAGAAGAAUUAUGUUGUUGUUAUGUAGGAAUAUGAAAAGUUUAUAUAGAUAUUAUAUAUACAAAUACAUUACUGCAUAUAUACGUAGAAUUAAGCAAUAUUGCAUUCGGACGUAUUCUUUUAUUAAUAUUCUUACAUAAUAUAUAAUAUAUACACGUACAUGUACAUAUACAUACAUAUAUAUACAUAUACAUGUGCGUGUACGCGUGUGUACACUCAUAUAUAUACAUGCACAUGUAUACGUGCAUAAAAGUAUAUGUGUGUGUAUAUAUACUAUUAAUGAAAGAGAGAGAGAGAGAGAGAGAGAGAGAGAGAGAGAGAGAGAGAGAAAGAGAGAAAGAGAGAGGAAAAAAGGCGCUCAACAUUUGAAAUGUUCCAAACUUUCUAACUGUGUUCACGUAGGACAAAAAAAUUGCGAAUGUGACAACAACGUACCUUUUCUUAAUGAUAAGUAGUUAGUCAAUUACUUUAUACGAGAGUCAGACAAAAAAACACACACACACACACACACACACACACACACACACACACAUGUUUUGCCCUUCUUGCGUGAUCAAUGGUAAAAUGCAGCAGACAGGCGUGCUCAAGAAAAAAAAGAAACAAUACCACUUGUAAUAGAAAAUUUGGAAUGAGAUGCACAUGAGGUGAUCAGAACGAAUAAUAAUGACCAUUUCUAAUAAUGCACUCUCUAAAUCUUAUAUAGAAUGAAAAUUGAGCUUGUGCAAUUAUUUCAAGUGAUUUGGCAUUUUAUAAGAGUCAAAGUUCACUCAUAUAGAACUGAAUAGGACUCCGACAGGAGUAAUUUUUACUUUUAUUGCAAAAAAAAUUAAUAUCAAAUCAACAAUCAUUGUUUCACGUGUGUAUAAGUACAAAUAUACAAUCUUCUUUAAAAAUUUACAAUCUUAAAUUUGAGCAAAAUAUUAUUUUUACUUCAAUUAUAAUAUUACAAUAGUCUCAUCUAAAGACUACAAUAUAAUUGUUUUAAUAAUAACAAUAAUAACAAUAUUUCUAAUUUUUGUUAUUGUGCGUGUUGACAUUAUUAUCCCUUUUUAACUUACGACAGUUAUUAUCGAAUAUAAAGAUAAAUACACAGAAAAAAAAUGUAAUAUAGUCAAUAACAUAUGUGAUUGCGGGCUGCCAACUACAUAAAAUACUCAAUACAAUAAUGUUUGCUAUUAAUGCAAGUACAAUGUUGAUACUGCAAUAGCAUAUAUUAUUGUAUUGAGUAUAUCUGUAAUUGGCAGCCCGCAAUAACAUAUCUUAUUGAAUAUAUUACUUUUUUUUUUUUCAGUGUAUAUAUUUCUCUUGAUCUACACAAUUUUUUCAUGUUGGCAAGUUAUGUCUGUUUAAGAUUAUCAAAUUCUUUAAAGAUUUCAUAUUCUUGAUUAUGAAACAUUGAUUGUUGAUAAUCUUUCUCUGUGAUAAAAUAAGAAAUCUCACAAAUAAUUGAACAAACUCUAAUUUUCACUCUUUUUAAAGUGACAUUUCGCUUUACGAGAUUUAAAGAAUAGAUUAACUUUAGUCACUAUUUAAUUUUUAUUUUUCUAAUUCUAAAUAUCAGAGAAAGAUAAGAAGAAAGUUAAAUCGAGAUUAAAGUUAUUCCAUAUUGGUAGAAAUGGACGCAAUGACAGGCGGAUCGACGACUUGCGAUCGGCACAAAACUUUGUACUUAUUCUAUUUUCGCCGGACGUUUUAGCACCUUGAAUCCGGCAACUCUAUUUUGCGUUUUAUCUUCGACUCGGCUUAUCGGAAUUGCGUAUCUAAAUGGGGACUGCAUUCAUACGAUGUGUAAUGCGUGGUAUUGAGGGUGGAGAGUCGAUCGAACGAAUAAUAGAAAUUAUUAAAGGGAUCUCGGUCGCGCGAGGCGCGAGUCGAAUCGAUGCCACGUGUCGCGCGCGUUAGAUCGGUGGAUUCAAAGUGUUAAAUCGACGUUAUACGUACGAGUAGCACGAGAAUAUCAGUGCCUUUUCCUUCGUAAACGAAAAAAAAAAA